AAAAACAUUUGCAUUUCUGCUGUUUGUUCAGUUCAUUUCAGCUAUGUGGAUUGAACGGGGUUCUAACAAUGUGAAUAUAUGUAUAUAUGUUUUCUAUCUAUAUUACAAGGGCAUGAUACAAAACGAGACAUUGUGUUCCUACUGGAUGGAUCUGAUAACACAAGAGAUGGAUUUUCAGAAAUAAAACUCUUUCUUAAGAGCAUAGUAGAGAGCCUCUUUAUAAGUGAGAAUCAAGACAGGGUGUCUGUGGUUCAAUUUUCUGAUAAGCCUGAUGUCAACUUCUAUCUGAAUUCCCACAAGACUCAGAGUCAAGUUACGAAUGCCAUCGGCAAUUUAAGGCACAGCGGUGGGAGGCGCCAUAAUAUUGGGGCAGCCCUGCAGUUUGUGAGACACAGUGUCUUCACUUCCUCUUCUGGCAGUAGAAGGCUAGAAGGUGUGCCUCAAAUGUUAAUUCUUCUCACUACAAAACCUUCCACUGAUGAUGUGAGAGGCCCAGCAUUUGCUCUUAAAGAGCAUGACAUUGUGUCAAUAGGGGUUGGAUUGGGAGAUGCAGAUUUUUCGGGCUUGGAAACCAUUUCAUUCAAACCUGGUUUCAUCUACAAGGUCACUAAUGUCUCCAUAUUGCCCACCAUCCAAUCAAAACUUCUUGAUAUGCUGAAUGUAAAUAAAGUCACAGAAGAAUCUACAACAGGACAACCUGAUUUAAUAAUGGAGGACGAGUCACUACAAAGAGACAUUGUGUUUCUGGUAGAUGGUUCAGAUGAAAGUUUGAUUGGAUUUCCAGCAAUUAAACGUUUUAUCACACAAGUGGUUCAAACACUCACUGUUGGUGAGAACAGAGACCGAGUUGCUGUUGUCCAAUAUAGCAGUGAUUCACGGACGCAUUUCAGUUUCAACACCUACACAGAAUCACAAGAUGUUCUUACUACUGUCCAGCAAUUGCAACAUAAAGGGGGUGGAUACCUCAAUACUGGUGCAGCUCUUGAAUACGUGAGAACCAAUACUUUCACUGACUCCUCUGGUAGUCGGCGCAGAGAAGGCGUGCCUCAGAUAGUGAUUCUUUUGAGUGGAGGAAUAUCUCAAGAUGAUGUUGCAAGUGCUGCUGCAGCUCUUAAGGAUGACAACAUUUUUACAUUUUGUAUAGGAACAAAAACAUCCGAUAUUCUUGAGCUGCAAACUAUUGCACAUAUACCUUCCUAUGCCUUUAGUGUGCGGGAUUUUGAAGAUAUUGGAAAAAUCCAUCAGCAACUUGUUUCAUUUGUAAAAAGAGUACCUCGGCAGCCCAGUUCGCAGCCUGUAUUAGGUAAACUGAUGUUUGUAUUACGUCUGUUUCACUUUUGCUCUUGCUCUCGAUCUAUCUCGCUCUAUCAAUCUCACUUUAUCUGUCUGUCUUUCUGUCUGUCUACCUACCUACCUAUCUUUCUACUUAUAAUGAAGUGUAUUGGCCUACUAACUGAAUCUUUGCUUUCUGUUUUAAAUGCCCAUAUGGUUUCAGAUUCCAUCAGUCGUGACAUUGUAUUUUUACUUGAUGGAUCGAACAAGUCCAAACCAAGAUUCGAAGAUAUCAAAGACUUUGUACUCGGGAUAGUGGCAGAACUUCACAUCAAUACAAGCAAAGAUCAUGUAGCUGUGGUUCAGUACAGCAACACAGCACAGAUUUACUUCAACUUGGCACAUUUUUUUGCAAAGGACAUUCUUGUUGAUACAAUAAGAGGUCUAAGUCACAAAGGAGGGUCACCAAACAACAUUGGAGCAGCUCUCCAGUAUGUUAGGGACUAUGUGUUUACUCCUGAAUCUGGAAGUAGACUUCAUCAGGGUGUGUCACAAGUUCUUUUUGUUCUAAGCAACGAAAGAUCUGCAGAUGACAUAAGAGCCCCUGUCAGAAUGCUGAAAGAGCUUGGUGUGAUUAUAAUUGCUAUUGGAACAGCGAAUGCUGACACUCUACAACUUCAAACAAUGUCGCACAAUGCGAGAUAUGCACUUUCUGUAACUGAUUACAAGGAGCUUCCGACUGCCAAGGAGGGUGUGUUGUCACUACUUAAAGAAGCUCCCCAACUUUUAGAGCAAUCUGCCGCAGUGGAGAGUUUUGAUUCACAGAAAAAUGAUGUCGUUUUUCUGAUUGAUGGAUCAUAUGACUCUCGAAAUGGCUUUGAGAUGAUACGACAAUUUAUUGAAAAAAUGGCUGAAAAUUUUAAUCUUGAUGAUGACAGAGACCAAGUGGCUGUCGUUCAAUACAGUCGCGAUUCCACAGUCAAUUUCUACUUAAAUUCGUAUUCAUCGAAGACUGAUGUGCUCAAUUCCAUCCGAACAAUGAGGCAUAAGUAUGGAAGACCCCUCAACCUAGGCAAAGCCCUGGAGUUUGUCAGAGACAAUGUAUUUGCAGCUUCAGUCGGAGGUCGUCGUGAAUAUCUGGUUCCUCAGUAUCUGUUUGUUUUUAGUGGUGGCAGAUCACAGGAUGAUGUGAGAGGACCAGCACAGUCACUCAAGAAAAAUGGAAUAAAGACUUUCAGUAUUGGUACAGAGAAUGCUGAUACAUUAGAUAUGCAAAACAUCUCUUUUAAACCAUCACAUUAUUUUUAUGUUACAAGUUUCACACAUUUGCCAAGUAUACACCAACCCCUGAGAGCCAUCUUGGAGGAUGUUGAAGAAACAACUGGAUAUACACCAACUGUUGUGGACAGCCAGCCAGUUGGAAAGGACAUUGUUUUCUUGUUGGAUGGAUCUGACACCACAAGAAAUGGAUUCUCAGCUAUGACAGACUUUGUCCAACAAGUAGUAGAGGCACUUAACGUGGAUGACAACAGAGAUCGUGUCUCAGUGGUUCAGUACAGCAGAGACGCAGCUGUCCAGUUCUAUCUUAACACAUACACAACACAGGGUGAAAUCCUUGAAAUUGUCAAAGGUCUGAAGCACAAGGGUGGAAAACCCCUCAACACGGGAGCAGCUCUUCAGUACUUGAGGGAUAAUGUCUUCACAGCCUCUGUCGGCAGCAGGCGGCUUGAGGGAGUUCCACAGGUCCUAAUUUUGCUAAGCGGUGGAAUGUCAUUUGACAGUGUUGAUGCAUCAGCUGAUGCUCUCAAACAGCUGGGAGUGCUGAUCUUUGCAAUCGGAAACAGGGGCUCCGAUAGCAGAGAACUGCAGAAGAUAGCCCACGAUCCCAGAUAUGCUCUGUCUGUGGCUGAAUUUUCUGACCUACCAAGUGUCCAGCAACAGCUCCAGUCCUCCGUGGAUACUGUGGUGAUUGACGUCACCCCAGAAUCUCCACCAGUCAUUGGUACGUUUACAAAACAUUAUAUAAGUAUGCACGGAUAGGUUAUCCGAUCUUCCAUAUCUGCAAUGACAUAAAUGAACU